CUAGCCCCCACAAAACAAAGAAACAAAGUUCCAGACGUACCUUCUCUUGAAAUGGCUGAAUCUACAACACUGAAUGCUGCUAGUUCCCCACAGUUGAUGGAGGAUGUAUUCACUGCGGAUGACAGGAAGGUCAUUAAGGUACGUUGUGUGCAAUCACAUUCUACCAAGCUGACAUGCUUGUGCUCUGAGCACUUGUUGUUAGGAGGUAGACAGUGUAAAGAAGAGCACACAUGGAUAACUAAAAUGGUUCAGCUGCAAUGUGUACGGAUGUACUGGUUACCUAAUAUCAUUAGCGUGUGUCCCUUGUCCUCUAGAGCUGACCCUCUCCCUCGUAUAGGGUAGACCACGGCUACGAGGACGAUAUCAGCCUCCCAGUUUGUGGUUACCCCAGGUGUAGGCCAGGGCACAUUACGCAUACUCGAAACUUUAACUUUUCCAAAAUUCGUUUUACUGACAAUGUUAUUCAUAGUCCCAUUUUACCUCUUGUGUACAUUGUGUACAUGUAAAUUCCACAACCUGUUUUCUUGAAGCCAAGAGCUUUAAUAUGCCAGGUCUAGCCACUUGUUGCUAUGUGUAGUCAGUCCCAUACACACCAGCGUUCAACUGAUCUGAUGUCUUGUAUGUGUGUUAAGAUUAAAUCUCUCCCUCACAUGUACCAUUUAAUGUGUCUCAGGGUUGGAUUAAGCGUGUGAGUUUAUUGCAUGUACAUAUAAUGGCGUACUAGGCUGACUUGUAUACAUGUACUACUGCAUGAAGGCAGAAAGAAUAACUUGCGUGACUUUAUUUAGGAUUAGUACGUACUGAAAGUUUCAUGCUGUACAGACGUGUACUUGCAAUAGUUGAUGUAUACAUGUGUGAAUGCAUUCGUGUAUUUGAACAUGUUCAUUUCUCUACAUGUCCGUGUCCUACUGCUUAUUAAUGUGACUACUGCUAAUGAUUACUGGAACAACAGAAUGUAAGUUACAGUAUACAGACGUGUAUGAAUGCACUCACUGCUCCUACCAUCAUCCCCCUCUCUCUGUUUCCAUGUGUGUCUUACGCUGGUGUCUCAUUGGACUAAACAGAAGGUGAGCGGGACACUGCACUGACUUGUGACUGUACUUGUGUCAGUAAUGUUUGAGUUGCAUGAGUACAUGUGUAUUGGCAUUCAUAGUGUACAGGUUUGUGAUUAUAUUCUUUUCUCUCUCCCUACAUUUCCAUGGUUACUGAAUAUCUGGAACGAUAGGAAGAGAAGGCUGGGUAUGAGAGUGAACUGAAGAGACAUGAGACGAGAAGAGCUGCCCUCCAACAGAGACUGUCUGGAGACAUCACUGACCGGGACUGGAGAAAACUGCAGGGAGAGCUGGAGAAGGUGGAGGGGAAGAUCAAGAAGUGGGUCUCAAGGGUACAAUUGUGUGAGGGGGUGAUACAUAACUGGGAGAAGGCUAUUGCUAGGAUACGAGGAGGAGCAGAGGAAAGACGAGUAAGAGCAGAGGAGAUACGAGUAAGAGCAGAGGAGAGGCAAAGAAAGGAAGAUGAUAUGCGCACAAAGAUGGAUCAGCAGCAACAAUCUGGAUCACCAUUUGUCUUUUUGAUUCAACCCAAAGAUGUUUGUUGCAAGCCUGGAGAUAAAGCUGAAUUUACAGUAUCGACAUCACCUUCUGAUACGAGAUCUACAUAUCAGUGGUAUUUCGACAAUCAAGCAAUAUCACUUCCUGAUGGACAAAACUUCCUCUCUGAAUAUAAAGGACAACAAUCUGAAUGUCUUCUUGUAUUAAAGCUCCUUCCUAGGCAUAAAGGUGUUUACUGGUGUGUUGCUGAAGAUGCAUCUGGUACUCGGAUCACUUCACAAUAUGCAACACUCACUGCAGAGGGAGAGAACAUUGGAAAUCAAGAAUUGCAAUUCAUAGGAAAGAUUCUGGAAAAUUCUUCAAUUGACUUUGGAAAACGUGGGAUUGAGACGGUGCACCUACUCAGUGGCGAGAGUAAUGUGACUUACGAAGAGAUGGAGUUUGUAAUGAAAUUGAAUCCAAAGACUCAAGUGUUAUCCAUAAACCUAAAGCAAGAAAUCACAGCAAGACUGAAAGAGGAGCAACUCUAUGAUGAAGCCAUAAAGUUUGAGGAGAAGGUCUCCCUUACGUACACCAAAAUCCUUGCUCUGGGUCCAGGCCAAAUUGGAAAGUCUACUUUUAUUAACAGAUUGUUGGGGAAAAUGGAAGGAAACAUCCAAACAUCUCCUCCAGAAACACAGCCUCAAUCUAGUACAGGUGUAUCAGAGGUGACAGAAGCUUGUAUACAGUGUGAAACAAUCACUGGUGCUGUAACUUCUAAUACUAAAAAAUGGUGUGUUGUCAAAGAUGAGCUGUGCGAUCAACUUAGUGGUUUAAUGUCAUUAAUAGUUAAGCCAUCAUCUCAGGGCCCAAAGCACACACAAACUCAAUCGUCCAAAAAAAGGAGUGUGCAUGGAAUCCCAAAAGCCAGCAUAGCUAACAAGGUUCAAACUGAAUCAGUGGUUGAUAUCGAUGCUUUGCCAUUGGAAGAGGAAGAGAAACAUGACUAUACAUUAUCUAAUGAAGGCAUUGAAAUUCAACCUAUGGAAGCACUACCAGUUACUAGAUCUAGUUCUACUCUAGAGUCAAGACAAGAUUCAUUGAUGCCCCAAGAAUCAGAUAAUAUUAACAAAACCAUUAGGGAGUUCGAAGAACUAAAAAAGGAACGGAGUCAUAGACUAGAUCUAGAUAGCAUGGAUUUUGAAAUGCUAUUUACUGUAGCUGAUGUUGGUGGACAACCAGCAUUUCUAGAAAUGCUACCAUCCUUAACUAUAGGACCAGCUCUAUACCUUGUGUUUAUGAAACUUAAACAAGAGCUAAAUUUCAGAAGCCAAGUGAAGUUUAAAUGCAAGAACUCGACUACUAAACAUUUCGAGAAUUACUCGUACACUACAGAAGAAGUCAUUUUUUCAGCAUUUUCAAGCAUAGCUUGCUUUGGGCACUCAGAUGAACAAGUGGAAAAAUAUGUUAAGCCAGCAUCAGAUAAGAAAAAGCGGAAAGAUUCUGUUGCGUUACUUGUAGGAACUUUUCUUGAUGAGAUUCAAAAUGAUCUACAGCCAAGCCUUGACAAGAUAAAUAGACAGCUGGACGAACGGCUUAAAAACACAGCAUUUUUUGAAGAAGGGCUCGUCCAUAGUAUAAAAUUGUCAGUUGAAAACAACUUAUUAGUGAACAAUUUGAGUGCCGAAGACAGUGAAAUCAAAAAGCACAGAGACUUUUUAGAAAAUAUACUCAAAAAUUACUUUCGAGAAUAUCAAAUCCCAGUACAAUGGUUAAUGCUCAGUAUUUGUCUUAAGAUUCUUGCUAAAAAUCAAAACAAGUAUCAUAUUUCCUUUGAUGAUUGCGUCACAUUGGGGAAGUAUUUUAAUAUGGACGAAGAGAUGGUGAGUGUUGCCUUGCAGUUCCUACACAAAUACAUUGGGCUUAUAAUGUAUUUUCCUCAUCACGAUAACCUUAAGAAAAUUGUAAUAUGUGAUCCACAAGUAGUUUUUUCAACCAUCAGUGAACUAAUCUUCAACAUUUACGAUCACAACAAAAAUCAAGUUAACCAAGCAAAGUGUGACCACUUUGUGCAAACCGGUUGCUUUUCACCAAAAGAUAUCAAGCUAGAAUCCGUGAAUCAAGAGAAGAAUAAACUCCUUCCUAUUGAGACAUUAGUUGAUCUGUUAGUGUACCUUUACAUUGCUGCUAAAGUACCCCUGUCUUCUGAUAAAGAGUACUUUCUUCCUGCGGUUCUUCAAACUGCUGAAACAGAUAUGGUUCAAAGGAGACAAAAAGAUACAAAUGAGGAAUUGCUUCCCGAACCAAUCUGCAUUCGAUUUAAAACGGGAUAUCUACCUUUAGGCUUUGUAUGUGCAUUGAGUGCAAAUCUUAUUGCUGAGAAUACGUUUGAUCUACUCAUUGGUGAUAGCAAGUGUUACAAGAAUAGAAUUCUGUUUCGAUUCAACGGUAAAUUCAAUAUUACUAUGAUUUCUUGUCCUAGGUAUUGCGAGUUUCGUGUUUCGAGACACUCAGGCAACACUGAAUUUUGGAGUGAGCAUUGUUGUCCUCUAAUCAGCGAAAUUGUAUGCACAGCUGCCAAUAAGGUUAUCCAAUCUAUGCAACAUGGUUUGCGUUCGGUAGGUACAGAUUCUGUAAUGUAUACACUAGCUUUCCAUUGUCCAAGAGAAGUGCACUCUAAGGCAGAAUUUGGACAGGAAUCUCUCGCUAUAUUCUGUCAUUCUGACCCAGACACACGUGUUCCUAAGGAGGCUAAAUGUACCCAUCCAGACUGUAAAACUGCUAUUGAUCCACUGACCCCUGGAAUGAGUGUUUGGUUCGGUGAGGCUCCAGAUAUCCCACUGAAAAUUGAAAAACAACCUGCUCGAAAAGGAAAUGUCAUAAGCAUAAGUGCAGAUGGAGUACGACCACUAACGUAUCAAUGGUUUUUAGGGAAGAAAAAGCUUUGUGAUGACCAGGACUAUGAGGGUUAUACAACGGAUAGGCUUGUCAUUAAGAAUGACCGUUUCUUAACUGAAGGUAUAUUCAAAUGCCAAGUGAAAGACAAGUUUCAUUGCGUUGAAUCUGUUGAGCUUGAUCUCUUUGAAGAGGAGCUCAGAAGUACUUGGGAAUUGCAGGAAGAAGAGAUCGGCAAACUAAAGGAUAAUGGAUUUAGAAGUGUCAGAAAUUUGCAAGGUGUCCAGCUGGGCGAGCUGAACUUUUUGAACAUGGCCGAAAAGAUAAGGAUAAAACCACUCUUUGCCGCUUUUCUGAAAAGUAAUGUUGCAAUAUCUGGUGAAGAAGUUGAAACACGACCGAAGCGUCAGAAAAAGGAUAUCGGAGAAUUGUCCUCUGUUACAGUAAUGGAAGAUGUGUGUAAGAAGACUGGAGUGAGAGACCAACAACUAGAUCAAGAAAUCCCUGAGAGUGACAUCAUUCUAAUCGCGGAGAAAUUUCCUCACCUGCUGAGUGUGCACAAGGCGUUGUUAAGCAACGAUCUACAACAUGUUUACGAGAAACUACACACUGCACAUGCAAGUGCCAGCCCUCACUGGUUCAAUCUGGGAUUGGCUCUAGGUCUAACUGAUUUUGUUCUCACCAAUAUCGAUACCAAGCAUCGUGGCGAUAAUGUGUCGUGCUUGCGUGAAAUGUUGGCUGAGCUCCUGCGUACGCAAGAUGUAACAUGGAGUCUCCUGUCGAACGCUCUCAAAAAGCCCUCAGUGAAACUUAAUAAUUUGGCUGAUAGCAUCAUGGUCAAUCAAUCCAACCUGCUCGAUGGACUCAACCUCACCCCAGCCGACCUCGGUGAUGUAACUGAUGUCACAAGUCGUUAUGGCAAUCAAGCUGGAGUGGCUCAUGCAUUGAGAGUGUGGCAAAGAGUGAAUCCUUCCAGAGCUACCUUCAGGGCCUUGGUGGAAAUUGCCAUAGGACUGAAAAAAGACACUGCUACAAACAUUUGUAGAUUCAUUGUAAACAAUGCGAGUGGAACUGAACAAAACUAACAAUAAAAAUAUUAAUAAUAGUUAUUAUGUGUUAACGUGUUUUUAUAUGCCUUUUUUUGUAAUAUCAAGAGUUUCUAAUGAACUCAAGGUACACUCCUGGUAAUA